AUGCCUUCGAAAUCGCAAAGAAAGCGCAACGGCAGCGGCGCGUCCACGGGCACCAGCGGUGGCAUCGGCCGACUCCUCGCCGUGCUCGGCCUGCUGACUGCGCUGCUGGCGUCGGUCGUCUACGUCGCGGAGCGCAACCUCGACAAGUUCUACGUCUUCGAGCUGGACCACCUGCAGGACCUCGCGAAGCGGAGCGUGGCCCAGCACGGCAACGACACGCGCGGCGCGGUGCGGUACAUUGUCGACGAGCUGAGCGCCAAGCUGCCGGCGCACGUCAACGUCGAGGAGGACUGGGUGUUCAACAACGCGGGCGGCGCGAUGGGCGCGAUGUAUAUCAUCCACGCGAGCAUCACCGAGUACCUGAUCAUCUUUGGCACUGCGGUCGGCACGGAGGGCCACACGGGUCGGCACACGGCGGACGACUACUUCCACAUCCUGACGGGCACGCAGAUGGCGUACGUGCCGGGCGAGUACGAGCCGGAGGUGUACCCGCCGGGCAGCGUGCACCACCUGCGCCGCGGCGAGGUCAAGCAGUACAAGAUGCCGGAGAGCUGCUUCGCGAUGGAGUACGCCCGCGGCUGGAUCCCACCGAUGCUCUUCUUCGGCUUCGCGGACGGCCUGUCCAGCACGCUCGACUUCCCGACCCUGUGGAAGACGACGUACAUUACCGGCAAGCUAAUGAUUGGGCAGCUUCUGCGCGCCAAGUUCUAA